AUGAUGGGGAGUCAACAAACUGGUUUUGAGGAAGCAUUAACCCAGCUUCCUAUACUUAAUGCAUCCGACUUCAAAGCUUAUAAUAGACUAGCAGACCACAUGGAUACAUUCCACAACAAUUUCCGCAGGAUGUGGAAUGAGAUCUACAGCGUCUGCAGCGACAACAAACGCUCCAGCCACCAAUCCAUCCACGCAUUCCUCAAGCUCGCCGAAUCUUUCUGUACGCAACUCACCCUGCACCAUACAAUCGAAGAGCGACACUUUUCCCCCGAGCUGGCUGCGCGAAUGCCAGAGUUUCGCGAGGAGCUUAUCGGUCAGCAUCGUGAGAUUCAUCACGGACUAGAUAACAUGCAUCGAUAUGUGAAGAAGUGUCGCACUGGCGAGAGCGAGCUGCAGCUUUCGCAUCUGAGAGGUUUGAUGGAGAGUUUUGGGGAAGUGUUGUGGGCACAUCUGGAUGGUGAGGUUAGAGCUUUGGGGGCCGAGAAUAUGCGGAAGUAUUGA